CGUUGUAACGAAUCGGAUAUUUAUUGCAAAGCAGUGAAGUGUAUCCUUAACUGUUAGUGAAAUCAGAGAAGCUAACAAAGAGAAUAUUUUAAUCUCUAUCUGUGAGAGGACGAAUGCUUUUUUGCAAAGUGUAUUGCUGGCAUAAUGUUUGACUGGCAUAUAGGAUUUCGAUCGAAGAGUGUUUAAUUUUGUAUCUUUGUAAAAUCAAAAAGUAUCAACUACGAUAAAAGUGACAGUUUUGUUUUAUUGCGGGCAAUCAAAUAAAUUGAAAUCUUUAGUGAUCCACGUGAAGACCCGACUAUAAUUCAAAGUCGAGCACCUGGCUCGAUUCACCUGUCAAACUGUUCGACGAUAAAACUGUGAUACUUGGAAGAAGUACAACUAAAAAUUUGUCAAGUUCAAAUUUUUUAGAUCGACAAAGAAGAUAUAACGCGUUAAAGAGAUAGAGAGUAUACCAUCGAAAAUUCUUUCACGUGUCGAAAGUUUGUACAUUGGCUCGUUACCAGCGCCCACAGUUAAGACUUUCGGUGGAAUUUCUAUGGCAUCCCGGAAGUAAAAAUAACCGUUUGACUUGAUUUAUUUAAAAACUGAAUCGAAUUUCAAAUGUCGUAAAAGGAAAAAAAAAACAAGAAAUAUUUCAAACGAAAUCCACAUUCGCACUUAAGCCAGAAUUGUACCUUGUCUACUAAAGCAUUAGUAGAUUUAAUUAAAAAAGACAAAGAUUGGAUUGAAGUUAUUAAAAGUCAAACUGCUAAAACAUCAUGGCGCAUGAUGCAGCUUUUAGAGAUACUACCGGCACGGAUAACGGCAAAACGUGUACUAAAUCGAUUCAAGAGAAAACAAUAUUCUGGAUGCGUUCGAUUAGCGCUUUAGUCGGAGUCUGAAAAAGGAAUCGUCAAGCGUAGCUUAUUAAUAGAGCGAGACCUGUGACAGGAAGGUGAAUGACUAGUAUUAAACUUAGACCAAGCGAAAGAGUCACUAACGAGUUGUUGAAUAUUCGAGUUCCCGUAGGACAGCAGUUUCUGACUGAUGUUGAGUGAUUAGAAAGGUAACAGUGGGGUGCAAAGGAUAAUGUCCUACUGCAGGAUCACGGGGAGGAGCAGGGGCCUCCCCAAGCCUAAUUACUUUCCAUUACUGCCACCCAUAAGUCCCGCAGACGCAAAACGUUUUUGUCGAAUCACAGGAAAGUCAUAUGGUCUGCCGACACAUCACUACAUUCCUGUACUCCUUGGGGUCCAUUCUCAUGACAAGUCCAAGUGCAAGAUCACCAACGCUUCGGGAUUGGGCCCACACCAUUACACCGCGGGACUUAUUCUGGGCGAGAAGAAGAAGCACGUGGUGCUCAAGGAUUACAGAUACGUGUUUCCGGUUCUCGAUGGCGAUGGCGACCAACAAAAGGCACUGCGCGACUUGUUGGAGACCAAGCAAACCUCAUCGGAAGAGGAAGAUUUGAGAUUCGUCUAUACCGUGGAAGAGCGUAGAUGCAGUCUUGUAUUUCCGGCACGUCUCGAAGCCGCCGUAAGAGAUGGUGACGUGAGAGACGUUAUGUUAUCGAGAGACUGUGACACAGUUUUACUUCGAUUGAAGCAGGGCAAGAAUGUCUCGGUAGAUUUUCGUGAUUUGGAAGACUACGAGAAUCUAUAUGAUGGGCUUGGACCGCGCGAAGAUGUCCUCAAGGAACGUCAGAGGCUUGAGACUGAGGCUAGAAAGAGAAAGAAGAAAAGACAAGCUGGACUUAAUUAUGCGAAGAAAAUAUUUGAAGACAAAGAGAAGGCAGCUGACGAAGAGGAGUCUAAGAGAAUGAAACAAGUGAAGCUUCAAAGCGUUAAGGAGGAGUAUAAAGAUGAGAAGCAAGAUUGGAAGCAUGUUGAUCUCGAUCAUGCCAGAUCACGGGGGUGUGACCUGGUAGUGUCUUCCAGCGAUUGGCACGAUCUUGUUAAGCCAUUAGGGGAAACAUGGGAUUGGGACACGUUCAAGAACGAAGCUACUAAGCCUGUUGGGGCACCUAUAGUCGACCGGAUGCCACGACCUAUUAAAGCUCAGGCUCAGCUGGUAGAUCUGGAUGCCACUGUAUCAGGAGCGAUUAAUACACCAAUUUCUGAAGAAACUGGUGGGCUCGAAGCGAUCCCACUGGUAGAACCAUUUACGCCGUUGAACGUGCAACCGGAUGCAGCACUUCAGAUCGCUAUAAAAGACAUUCCACCUCAAGAACUUGAAAGUACGUCUAACGUGAACGCCAAAUUCCUGGCUGCUGGUAAACAGGCUGUAGAAACGUUACCUAGGAUAGAGGAGAUACCUGAACUGGUGAAGAACAUUGAUAGAGGCGUUAAGACUGAAAUGCACAAUGUUAAAGGUCUGAAACUUGAUAUCAAGUCUGCACAAAGAUUCCUGUCUGGUCAGACUGUUGAAACGCCGACUGGACCGGUCUUUGUACCCGGACAAACUUUGGAAACACCUAGCGGACCGACUUUUGUUCCUGGUUUUACUGUACAUACUCCGCAAGGUCCUUUAUUGAUUCCGGGACAGAUUGUUAUGACUGAGGAAGAUAGUGGUAAGCAGACUCCUGUCUUUGUUGCUGGACAGACUUUGCUUACUCCCAGUGGUUCGCAGUUUGUGCAGGGUCAGACUAUGCAUACUAGCGAAGGAGUUAAAUUCGUUCCGGGUCAAACGGUUUUGACUGAGGAAGGGCCAAAGUUCGUAGCUGGACAAGUCGUUGAUAAGGAUACAUUUGUUCCGGGACAGACUGUAAUCACUGCUGAUGGAGCGCAAUUCAUGCCAGGACAAACUAUUACUGAUGAGCAUGGUGAACAAGUAUUUAUACCUGGACAGAGUGUUCAAGUGGAUGAUGGCUGGGAAUUCGUACCUGGACAGUGUGUCAGGUCGCCAACGGGCUCCCCUAAAUUUGUACCUGGACAAACUAUGCUCACUUCGGAAGGACCUCAAUUUGUACCUGGUCAAAAUGUCAUCACGAACUCUGGAGAAACCCAUUUCGUACCUGGUAUCACAAUGGAAUCAGAAGAAGGCAUGAAAUUUGUUCCUGGUACAACAGUCAAAAUGAAAAACGGUACUAAAUUUGUGGAAGGUCAAAUAAUGAAAACACCGGAAGGACACAAAUUUAUUCCUGGUAUUACGAAUAUUGGACCGCAAGGAUUUGAGUUUGCUGCAGCAAGAAACAUCGACGAGGUCGUCUUCCUGGAAGCUGGGCCUGUUGGAAUUCCGGUGGAUCCAAAAACAGCCAGCGCAGUGUCUCCGCUGCAACAGCAAGAGAUAUUUGGCCAUAUAGUUCAAACCGAAAAAGGCGUUGAAUUUGUCCCGCAAACAAUAAAAAAGGAACCACAGGGAAAGAGAAUAGUUCCUGGACAGCUAGUAAAUGGCGGAAAAGAUGGUCCAAGAUUCGUACCUGGCAUAAUGACGGAUGACGGUUUUCUUCCUGGUCAAAUAGUCAUGACAGAGAAAGGAGAACAAUUUGUUCCUGGUCAAGUAGUUGAAACUAAAGAUGGUCCAAAAUUCGUACCUGGUCAAGUGGUAGAUACAAAAACUGGACCAAAGUUCGUACCUGGUCAGACAGUAGAGACAGCAGAUGGACCGCGAUUUGUACCUGGACAAAUCGUGGAGACAAAAGUAGGUCCAACCUUUAUACCAGGUCAAGUGAUAUCUACAGAGGACGAAGGUUCACGAUUUGUUCCCGGACAAGUAGUGGAUACUCCAGAAGGUCCAAGAUUUGUACCAGGUCGUGUAGUCGAAUCCGGUGAAUUAGGUGUGACCUUCGUACCAGGUCAGAUUGUGCAAACCGAAGAGGGUCCUCGUUUCGUGGCGCCUGAUUUAAUGGAUACUCCAGAAGGUGGAUUGGAAUUUUCUGUCCAAGGCUUUGAAGUUACUCCUGAAGAACUUAAAUUGCUGAGACCUCAAAAUUUGAACUACAAUACGCUGGUAACUCAACAUCACGGUGAGACAAGUAUAGAUGCCAGAAUGCUUCGACAGUUGUCUGAAGCUGGAAUGUCAGUUGGUAGACAAGUUCCUGCUGAUUUACCAUCAGUAGAUUUCGAUGUCGAUCCAACAGCAAUUUCCUUAGAACACGCCUUAGUGGUUGCUGAAAAAUUAGGUCUCCAUGGCAACGCAGCAGUCAGAAUGGCUCAAAUAGUCUCAACAGUGGCCCAAUUUGCCAAGAACAUAGUCCAGCAACAGAAUUCUGGAAAGAUUACUAACGGCAAAAAAACACCAGCAGGAGUAACGCCGAUGAUGAAUGGUGACCAUGGUAAACAAAAUAAUGAAAGCGAUCAGGAAUGGCUGCGCGACGCUAUCAAAGCAGCAAUAACUGCUGCAGUCAUAUCCAUAAACAGUAAUUUAACACUAGACGAAGAAAAACAGCAGGAAAUAGUUUUUUCAUCCAUCAGCGAAGCUUUCAAUGUUUUACUCAGACAAAAAUCAGCGAAUAUUGAUAACGCUGUGGAUGAAGUCUAUCAAACCCUUCUGAUACCCCAAAACAGAAAUGCACUAUGUUGCGGAGCGAUACUGGACUUACUGGAGUCUAGCAGCAACAAAGUAGACAUUCUAAAAUCCACCGUAGGAAGUCAAGUUUUGAAAGAUGAAGUAGUCCUAGAAAGACUAUCCGCUGUUCUAGAAGAAGAGCACGGCAGUGAUAUCGUAGGAUCAGCAUUCAGAACAGUAUCCAGAGGAAAUCCAGAGCUGGUAUCGCUCGUCUUAAAGAAAGUCUCCGAAGAAGUUGCUGGUGUAGUGACCGAAAAGGAUGCUGCAGAAACUGUACACAAGGCUAUCGUCCAUGCGGUACGAGAAUCGAGUGAAAUUCGUGUACGUGAAUUAUUGAAUGAAGAAGGUCCGAACGUUCGUGAGAUGUUACUACAGGCUGUAGGAUUAGCUAGAGCCCUGGGGAUGUCAUCCACGGCUACGAGCCUUCUGGCUGUGAUCAGCGAUGAGAAAUCAACCCAAGCCUUGGCUUCCGAUAAGGUCACCCUUGACAUUCUUAAAAGGUUAACUGUCAUGAGACAACUGGCUGACGAAAGACCUCAAUUUAUGGGAGCACUCAGAGAACUCUGUAGCGAUCCUGAACUGGCCAGGUCCGACCCAAGACUAAGGGCCCUAGUGCGCGAAAGUGCUGCACUAAUGAUAGUCCCCGAAGAUGCUCCUCUGCAAUCCUCAGUGGAGGUCCCUACGUCCUUGCUACAUGCGGAGAACAGUUUGGCCAUCGAAGAAUUCUUACUGAAGAGAAGUCACAAACGUUCAGCUAUAUUUAUGAUCUUAAAACAGGGUAUGCAGGCCGUCGUGCCUAGAGAAGCAUCCAGGGCGGUUCUGACUGGACAAGUUGCUUAUACUGUCCUGGAUGAAGAUGGGAUCAGUCACUUUGAACCUCUGCAUGUCUUCUCAGCGUUGAGACUAAACAGACCAGCUGCUCAUAGAUUCUCCAUGUACCGAUGUCCAGUUGCUCGUGAAGAAGACGUCGAUAUGGAAAUGCUAUCUACGACGACUGGCACCAUUUCCGUGAACUCAGCUAGUAGUCUUGAAGGACUAGCCAAUGGGCACGGAAUUAAACAAGAAAGCAGUGGUGUUACCUUAUCCAGAUCGGACCGAUCCGGCGGAUAUUCAGCCAGUCGAGAAAAUACACCAAGCUUUCGUAGACUGAGCAGUCUCUACCAGGAAAACAGUUGCGAACGGGCAACCACGGAACAAUAUGUCGUUAUCAAGGAUCACGAGGCGGAAGAUGAGGAAGGAAUAUCCGUAAAUGCCGGUGAAGUCGUCGAGGCAAUCGACUAUGCGGAAUCGAUGAAGAAGGCAAAGACGGAUCCUGAAUUAGACGUCGGUGAGGUCGGGGACCGACUGGACAAUUCUGCCGCCAGGCACAAGUUGUCCGUCCGACCUCGAAGAAAUCAUGCUGAUUCCAGGACACGAAAUAUUUCCAGAUCGAGUUCCGGCAUCCGUGCUCACAGGGUGUACGUUCGUACAGCUGAAGGUAAAGAAGGAUGGGUGCCUGCAAGUGUGGUUAAGCAAAAUACAGUCAGCGAAGAAAGUUCGACACUUACGAGUCAUCAUCGUCCUGAGGAUUCUCAUUAUCGUAGAGAGGCUGUGAUAAAAGAGCUGGUAGAGACCGAAGAGGAAUUCGGUAGAGACAUUCAACAGGUUGUUGAGCGAUAUUUGAAGCCAUUGGAUCAACAAGGUGUUCCUCGUGUUGUUCGCGAUAACAAGGAAAUCAUCUUCACGAACCUUAAACAAAUAGCUGAUUUUCACAACACAUCGUUCGGCAGGGUGUUGAUCGAGGGUGUCAAGUACUAUGCAGAUCAGCCACGUAUGUUGGGCAAAACUUUCUUGAGACUGGAAAGGGACUUUGACAAACACGUGGCUUACUGCAGGGACGAGCCUGCCGCUCAGGAAUUCCUUCAGACGAAUGAUGAAGUCCGAGAAUACUUUGAGGAGCUGAGCCAGACUCUCGGAGACGACAAGAGCGUUUCGGAGCACCUGAAGCUUCCGAUACAACGCAUCAACGACUACCAGCUCCUUCUGAAGGAGCUGGUGAAGUAUUCGACCCGACUAGGCGAAAACUGCGACGACCUCCAGAAGGCUCUGGAGUUGAUGCUAGGAAUCCCCCACAGAGCAACCGACAAUAAGUUCAUAAGUAACAUCGAGGGAUAUAAAGGAAAUAUACAUAAGCUUGGACGACUUCUCACGCAUGAAUGGUUUACCGUCACUGAUAAAGACGGCAAAAACAAGGAAAGAUACUUAUUCCUGUUCAAGGCAAGAAUUCUUGUUUGUAAGGUCAGACGGAUCUCUGAAGACAGAUCGGUCUUCGUUCUAAAAGACAUUAUUCGACUGCCGGAGGUAGAAGUAAAGGAUCACCCAGAGGAUCUUCGGACGUUUGAAUUGCAUCAUCCAGGUGUUUCGGGUUAUCCAAUAACUUUGUCAGCUCAUAAGGAUCCCGUGAAAGCGUACUGGCUAAAGGAAAUUCGACAGUACGCGAGCGACCUAGUGGCACUAGCCGAACACGCAGCGGACGAUUUACAAUUAACGGAAGUUCCAGAACUUAAGGAAGAAUCUAAAGUUCAAGAUAGACCGCAACCAGUAAAAAUAGAAGAACCUAAACCGGUAGCAGCAAAGGUUGAGACUGUUAAACCGGAGCCACAAAAGGUAGAACCGGUAAAGGCAGAACCACCGAAAGUUGAACCUCCUGAGCUAGAACAGCCAAAGCCAGAACCACCAAAGAUAGAACCAGCAAAACCAGAACCAACAAAGGUACAACCACAAAAGAUAGAACCAACAAAACCAGAAACACCAAAGGUAGAGUCACCAAAACUAGACGCACCAAAGGUAGAACAAGCAAAACCAGAACCAAUAAAGGUACAACCGCAAAAGAUAGAACCAACAAAAGCAGAAACACCAAAGGUAGAGUCACCAAAACUAGACGCACCAAAGGUAGAACAAGCAAAACCAGAACCAAUAAAGGUACAACCACAAAAGAUAGAACCAACAAAAGCAGAAGCGACAAAAGUAGAACCAUUAAAAUCAGAAGUACCGAAGGUAGAGCCCCCAAAACCAAAAGCACUAAAAGUAGAAGCAGCAAAAUCAGAAACACCAGAGGUAGAGCCAUCAAAGACAGUUGUAGCUGCAAAGACAGAGGAGCCUAAAGUAGCUGAGAAGAGAAAAGAGGAAAUAAAAACGGUAGAAGUAUCGGAAGCAAAAAAAGUCAAAGUUGGCGAAGAAGACGCCGAGAUGUCGGGCCGUUAUUCGUCGAGUCGAUACAGCUCUUCCUCUUCGCGAGUCGUAGAGGAGUACUCAUCAGUGUCAAGCAGUCGUAAUGGCAUCUCCUCCCAUGUGGAGUCAUCGGCUGCAUCAGCAGCCGCUUCAAGGACCUCUUCAUCAACCUGCGGUACUGAACGAAUCUCCGAAAGCCAAUCCUCUUACACUACUGCUAUUGGUGGUUCUGAUUCAAUUACCGACACGAGGACGGCAAAACUCGCAUUAACAACUAACGAAACCGGAAAACCUGUGUUCUCCAAGACGAUCGAGGGUUGUAACGUGGAACCAAUUCGAGCAAAAAAGGCUUUGAUACACGUAAUAGCCGGAGAAAAUGCAACCUUCGAAUGCUCUUUGAAAUCCGUCGACUCGUCCACUAACAUGCAAUGGCUGAAGGAUAACAAACCCUUAGACGACAAAUUAGCGGACAGAGUAAUAACGAGCAGCGAUGAAAACUCAUUCAAACUUCAAAUUCAAAAUGUUCUGGAAUCUGAUUCUGGUAUUUAUAUUGCAAGAGCCGUAAAUGGUGAUGGUCAAGCAACUUGCACUGCGCAACUAAUUGUGCAGGAACUAACAGCCGAGGAACGAAAAGCCAGGGCUGAGGCCAACUCUCCCAUUUUCCUGGUCCGUCUCAAGGACACAGAACUCCUGGAAAAUACUUACCUACGUUUCAUGAUCAAGGUCAAGGGAGAUCCAAACCCUGAAUUAAAAUUCUACAAGGACAAUGUCCUUAUCGACUCGAAGAACGAACGCAUUAAGAUCGUCACCGACAAAGCUGAAAAAGGCUUUUACGAGCUGGUUAUAGCUGACGUGCAUAACUGCGACGCUGGGAAAUAUUCAUGCACGGCUAUGAAUAGGUUCGGUGAAGCCUCCUGUGAAGCCACGGUGACGGUCACCGACGAGAAGAGCGUCUUCGCCGGACUUCCGGAAGGUCUUUUGGAACCCGGCGAAGAGCCCCAAUUCAUGUGGCUCAGAGACGGACAGCCUUUUGAUCCCGAAGAGAGGUUCAAGGUGCUGUUCAAAGACAGCGAGGACACCUUGGCUCUGGUCUUCCAACAUGUUAAACCGGAAGAUGCUGGAUUGUACACAUGCGUCGCGCAGACCAGUACCGGAAAUAUAAGUUGCAGUGCUGAGUUGACUGUUCAAGGUUCUGUAAACCAAUUAAUGAAGGAGCCAAUCAAGCCUAGUCUACAAACAGAGUUCAAACAAGCGGAAGUCAGUGCCGGUGGAUCGGCAAUGCUCGAUCUUCAAGUUAAGGGAUUCCCGAAACCGGAUAUCAAAUGGUCCAAGGAUGGACAGGAAAUCGUAGCUGGUGGACGGAUCAAGUACCUGUGGGAAGACGAAGAGUCUUUAUCUUUGGUUAUCAAAAAUGUUACUGCUCAGGAUGCCGGUACUUACACGAUCAAGGCUAAGAACGAAUUAGGUGAGGACAGUACCCAAAUAGAAUUAAUCGUUAAAUCCGCGCCAAAGAUCACUAAGAAGGUAUCCGACAUCACGGCCAGUGUGGAGGAAACAAUCAAGACCUCGAUACAGGUGCAAGGUUCGCCUACUCCAGACGUCAAGUUCUACAAAGAUGGUCAACUGAUCACAGAGUCAGAGAGAAUCAAGAUCACAAAGGAAGAGAACGACACUUAUAAUAUGGUUAUCAAGAGUGCCAAGAUCGAGGACUCUGGAUCGUACUCGAUCGUUGCCAAAAACGAGAUCAGUCAGACCUCGGAACACUGGAACGUAAACGUUACAUGUGCUCCUAGGAUCACAAAGAAGUUGGGUGAACCUAAAGUGAUCAACGAAGGUGAUAGCCUCACUUUAGUCAUUGAGGUCGACGCUGAUCCUGAACCAACUGUCACGUGGUUUAAGGAUACCGAAGUAAUCGUAGAAGAUGAUCAUAUCAAGAUCGUUCAGGACGGUCAAAAAUAUAUGCUGAAGAUCACCGGAGCCGUUAGUACUGAUGCCUCAACCUAUAAAGCAGAAGUGAAGAACAAGUAUGGCACCAGUGUGGACGAGACAAAGGUCAAGGUUCGCAGUGCUCCACGUUUCAAAACCAAACUAAAAGACAUAACUGCUAAUGAAGGCGAAUUGAACAUUGAAUUCCUAGUAGAAAUUGAAGGAUUUCCGACACCCAAUGUUCAGUGGUUCCUGGGGGAUGUGGAGAUAACAGAAACUCGCAAAGAAUAUACGCGCAUUGAAGAGGGCGAUAAUUACAAACUAAUAAUUAAAGAAGUUAAAACUGAAUUAUCUGGAAAAUAUACUUGUAAGGUGAAAAAUGAAUUUGGUGAGAGUGAAAGUAGUUCCUCGUUUACGGUAAACUCGAAGCCCAAGAUCGUGAAGAAGCUGACGGACCAAAAAGUCAAGGAGGGCGAAACGCUCCAGUUGAAGGUUGAAAUAUCUGGCACACCGGAACCGCAAGUAAAAUGGUUCAAGGAUGGACAGGAGGUGUCAGCUGACGCUAAAAUCAAGAUCACCAGGGAUACUCAACGUAGGGAAAGCUACGACCUUACCCUUAAUCUUGUCAAAGGAUCUGAUGGUGGUGUGUAUGAGGUUCGUGCCGAGAACGAGAUGGGUUCCGUGAGCAGCAAGAGCAAGGUCACCGUACUCACAAAGACCGAAGAGAUUGUCGAGGAAAAGAAAGAACUGAAGAAGGAAACAGCUGAAAGUGUAGAGAUAGACGAGGAUGAGAUAGCACCGAAGAAGAUGACCAAGAUGGAUGCAGGACCAGAGACCCAACACGCCGAAGAAUCAGAAUCCGAAGGUCGGAUCUCACUGGAGAAACAAAGCAUCCAAAUAACUCGAGGUGAAGGAGACACGAUUACCAUCUCCGUGGCUUCCACGACCACCCACGAAGCUGUGCUUUCAGGUCCCGAGGAGAGGCACUCUAUUAGCAAGAUGACAACAACUAAGGUCGAAUGCCAGGAGCUGAGCUCCGAAGGACCUCAGGUAGAAGAGAUCGGCUCGUACAGUUACACGAUACAAGACGAUAACAGUCAGAGAACACAAAACGGUGUACUGAUCGAGGAAUUCUCUGAGGGUGAAGAAAAUCGUGGAAGACUCACUGUCAAUCGUGGGGUCUCCAUCGUUUCCGUUUCCGAUGACGAGUCCACUCUUAAAGGAAUAUCCCGUGACGUAAGCGCAGACGACAUCAACAACGCUGAUCUUUGGGAGGCGCAAAAACUUAUCAAUGGAUCCUACGAAGAAUCCUUCACUGCUAAGAUCAUUGAAGAACGAAUAAUGGACGACCUCAGGCCUCAGAGGGCUAUGAGACUUACUGAGACCAUCAUCGAGGAACGCUCUAUAGAGGAAUCUCUUUCUGAGAAACAACCGGAAGUUAGUGAAGUCUCGCAGCCUCAGACACCUAUUUCGGAGAUGAGUAAGCUCUCGAGGCAAAGCUCAAAAUUAGAACGAUUAGACUCCAGCGAGCCGAUCAUACCGAUCCAGAAAGAAGUAUCGACGGAAAACGUACAGAAGGGGCUCAAAGAGGUGGACGAAGAAAUUGAUGAUGAAAUGGAGGCACUCUUGAAUCGCGUUAGACAACAGCGCAGUGUCCUUGGUGAUAUUCUCAAUAAGGAAGGCGAGAGAAGAAAAUCAGCAUCGCCAGAAAUCUUGAGCUCCGAUCUUGAAGAUCGAAUGAUCUACGAGGCGCAGAGUACCACGUUCGAGAUCAAAGCGACUGGUCAACCAAAACCUGAAGCCAAAUGGUUUAAGGAUGGAAAGCCGAUUAAGAAUACAGAUCGUCUCAAGAUCACUCACAAUGGAGAUUUCUUCCAGUUGGCUAUUGCCAAUGCUCAGGUCGAUGACUCCGGUAUUUACAAGUGCAUCCUGAGCAACAAGCUGGGUCAGAAAGUUCUGGAGGCGAACCUGACUGUGGCUUCUGCUUCGGAGUACAGAAAACCAAGAUUCGUCAAAGGUCUAGAGGGUGCCAACAUCGUUAAGAAUGAACCAGUCGAACUUAAGGCAGUCAUCACUGCCGAUCCUAUUCCUCAGGUUGCUUGGUAUCACAAUGGCGAGGAGAUUCCUGCUGGCGACGCAAGAAUCAAAUUGAAGCUGGAAACUAAACCAAUUGAAGAUGGAUUGAAUGAAUGUACUUUGACGCUUGCUAUACCACAAAGUGACGUUGCUGAUAUUGGAGAAUAUACUCUUAAGGCGAAGAAUAAGUGGGGCGAAGACGAAGCUAGUGCCUGCUUGGAUCUUUUGAUACGGCCUGAGAUUGAGGAAUUUAAGGAUAUAAGUGCUGCACCACAAGAAUUAACCCAAUGGGAAGUUGUAAUCAAAGCCAAUCCAAAGCCGAUCAUUAUGUGGGAAAAAGAUGGAAAGAAUCUUAAGAAUGACAGUCGUUUUGAGUCAGUAGAGGAUGCUAAGAACAACAAAUACAAAUUGAUCAUUAAAGACGUCAGACUGGAUGACGUCGGUACUUACAAAAUCACAGCGUCUAAUACUGAGGGUGCAACCAGUGCUCAAGCUCAACUUAAAAUACACUCGGAAGCACCGACCUUUGUCAAGGGUUUGACUGACCAAACGGUAAAGGAUAGAGAAGAUGUUGAACUGAAAGUCCGUGUGAACGGACUUCCUAAACCUAAUAUCAAGUGGCUUAAAAAUGGUGUGGAGAUCACCAAUUCCGAACACUACGUUAUUGAGACCUUUGUAGAAGGCCAGGUCGUUAGCAGUCUUACUAUAAAGAAUUUCACAUCUGAUGAUGUCGCUAAGAUAACCUGCGUAGCUAGCAACGUGUCUGGCAAGGUUGAGACUUCCGGUAAAUUAAACAUGAUACGUGCAGCGCCAUCAUUUAGUCGAGCACUACCCAGAUCGGCUGAUGUUGAUGAGGGUGAACCACUGGAACUUAAAGCCAAACUGGAUGGCAGUCCAAUACCAAGUGUAAAAUGGUUCAAGGAUGGAGAAGAAAUCAAACCUGAUGGUCGUGUGAAGAUAGAAGCUCUUCCCGAUGGCACUGUUAAACUUGUCAUCGAUAAAGUCAAACCAACUGAUUCUGGAGCUUACAAGCUCGUGGCUUCAAAUCCAAAUGGAGAAAAUUCAGCGCUCUGCGCAGUAGCCGUUACACCCGAACCAAGAAGACCGUCUUUCUCAAAAUCAUUAGAAGACGCAAAGGCUGUCGUUGGUCAGCCGUUAAAACUGGAAGCUCAAGUAGUAGCUUUUCCAAAUCCUCAAAUCCAAUGGUUCAAGGAUGGUGUACCGAUAAGACCCACUAAAGAAAUAAACUUUGUCAACGAGCCAAAUGGUUUGAUUGGAUUAUCUAUAGACAAGGUUCGUCCGGAAGAUGCUGGUACCUAUUCUCUGGUAGUGUCCAACAAACUUGGACAGACCACGGGUAAAGCAAAAGUCGAAGUAGAGGAGAAAGAACGUAGACCAGCUUUCCUGACGACUUUGCAGCCUUUGACGGUAGUUGAAGGAUUCCCAGCUAAGAUGGAAGUGAAAACCAUUGGUAAACCAACGCCUGCAAUUAAGUGGACGCACAAUGGAGUAGAGGUUGUGCCAGAUGGCGAGCACGUAAAAAUCGUUGAUCAACCCGAUGGAAAUCACGCACUCAUCAUCGACAAGGUCAAACCAGAAGAUGCUGGAGAAUAUGAGGUGGUUGCCACUAACUCUCAGGGAACAUCAGCAAGCAAGGGCAAUCUGGAAGUAGCUGGAAAAGGACAAUCGGAUGCACCACAAGAAAAAGCAGGCUUCUUAAGUCCAAUGCGCGACGUAUCCGUCGAAGAAGGUCAACCCUUGACUCUUAGUGCAUCGUUCAUUGGAAAUCCUAUUCCGGAUGUCAGCUGGACAAAGGACGGUCAAGCGUUGGCACCGUCUGAGAGAAUAAUGAUGACCUGCGACGGAAAGAAGGUCGGUCUAGAAAUUAAUCCAAGUGAACCAAAUGAUGCUGGAGUAUAUCGCUGCCGUUUGGUCAAUCCUCUUGGCGAAGAUACAACAAGUGCAAAUGCAACCGUGAGAAAGGUCUUCCAACCUCCUAGUUUCACCCAGAAGUUCUCUGAUCUUCAGCAACUUCCUACCUUUGACGCCAAAUUCCCUGCUCGAAUUAAUGGUAUACCUAGACCAGAUGUCAUUUGGUACUUUAACAACGAGCCUAUUCUUGGCGAUACAGACAAGUACAAGAUCAAGAGAGACGGCGAUGCUCAUUGCCUGUACGUAAAAGAUUGUACACCUGCUGAUUCUGGACGAUACAAGUGUAGAGCUGUUAAUAAGGACGGCGAAGCUGAAUGCGAGGCGAACUUGGACGUUGUUGAUAAGAUUGAGAAGAAACAAAAGGCCGAACCUCCGUCGUUCUUAAAGAGAAUUGGAGACUGUGAAGUCUUCAAAGCGAUGACUGCCAAAUUUACUGCCUGCGUCACUGGUUACCCUGAUCCAGAAUUUGAAUGGUUCCGCAAUGGUGAAAAAAUAUGGCCCUCUGAACGCAUUCGUAUGGAUAAUGAGGGUAAUGGAUUACUUAGACUAAUCAUAGCAGGUGUGGAUGAGGGUGAUGUCGGAAAGUAUAGUCUAAGAAUAUUCAACCCUCACGGAGAGGACACCUGUCAUGCUGAGAUGACUUAUGACACGUUUGAACCACGUGCCAAGAGACCAUUAGCAGAUCAGUAUACAGACUUUGAUAAAUUCCGCAAGUCCGGAUCUCCUCUGCCUUUAGCAGACAGACCGAUAAUCAGUCGUAUGAUGGAUAGACACCUAACAUUAUCAUGGAAACCAUCAAUUCCAAUUGGGCCACGAGUUCCUGUCACGUACCAAGUAGAAAUGUGCGAACUACCUGAUGGUGAUUGGUUCACAGCACGUUCCGGCAUAAGAAGCUGCGUUUGCGAUAUCCGGAAUCUGGAACCCUUCCGCGAUUACAAAUUCCGUAUUCGCGUAGAGAAUAAAUAUGGAAUAAGCGAUCCUUCUCCGUUCGCACAAACAUACCGAGCUAAAUUGGAACCAGACCCACCUAAAUUCUUCCCCUAUUUGCCACCCGGUAUAGACUUCCGCCCUGAGACCAGUCCUUACUUCCCUAAGGACUUUGAUAUUGAGAGACCACCCCAUGAUGGUUACGCACAACCACCAAGAUUCCUCAGACAAGAACAUGAUACGCAGUAUGGUGUGAAAAAUCAUAAUUGUAACUUAUUCUGGUUUGUCUACGGCUACCCAAAACCGAAAAUGACUUAUUACUUUAAUGACGAGUUAAUCGAAUCUGGAGGUCGUUAUGAUCAAAGCUAUACGCGCAAUGGACAGGCAACUCUAUUCAUCAAUAGAAUGCUGGAUAGAGACGUUGGCAUUUAUGAAGCUGUUGCGAGAAACGAACAUGGAGAGGCUAGACAAAGAGUGCGUUUGGAAAUUGCUGAAUAUCCAACCUUCAUUCAACGUCCUGAUGAAACUGUCAUCAUGAUUAGAAAAUCUGGAAAAAUUGAAGCUCGAGUCACUGGAGUGCCUUAUCCAGAACUUAAAUGGUACAAAGAUUGGAAACCACUUGCUGCUUCCUCGAGAAUUAAGAUUCAAUUUAUUGAACCCGAUACGUCUAUACUCACCAUUAGCGAUGCCAUCUCCAAGGAUGAGGGUCUUUAUUCGCUGAGUGCUGGAAAUGUGGCUGGUUCUGUCUCUAGCUCUGCUAUGGUUCACAUAGAAGAGAAUGAGCAAGAAUAUGGUUAUAGAACGUAUACAAAGAAACGUGAUAUCAAAGCGCGUACUAAACCAAUCAAUGACCUGUAUGACUUGGGAGAUGAGUUAGGACGUGGAACACAAGGAGUCACUUAUCAUGCCGCGGAGAGAUCAACUGGAAGAAAUUAUGCUGCUAAAGUUAUGCACGGUCGUGGAGAACUUAGGCCAUUUAUGUACAAUGAAAUGGACAUUAUGAAUAGUCUGAAUCAUCGAAAACUCCUGCGUCUGCACGAUGCCUAUGAGACUGACAGGUCUUUGACUCUUAUUACUGAAUUAGCUGCUGGAGGUGAACUUGUAGACAACCUUACUAAACAGCCCCACUAUACAGAAGGUGAAAUUGCAGGGUACAUAAGACAACUUCUAUGGGGUUUAGAUUACAUGCAUGGAAAUAGCUAUGCCCACCUUGGACUCACUCUGGGCGAUCUUCUAAUUUCACAUCCUGGCGGAGAUGACUUGAAAAUCGGUGACUUUGGCCUCGCCAGAAGGAUUUCGUAUGGCAAAUUGAUGAACUUGUUUUACGGAAUGCCGGAAUACGUGGCUCCGGAAGUGGCCAACAACGAGGGUGUUGGAUGUGGCGCAGAUAUGUGGUCCGUUGGUAUCAUCACCUACAUCCUCCUUUCGGGCAUCUCUCCAUUUAGAGGAAUUAAUGAUCGCGAGACGUUAACCAGAAUCAAAGAAGGAAAGUGGGAAUUCGACGAUCGCUGGUCAAAUAUCUCCAAAGACGCUAAAGACUUCAUCAAAAAUCUUCUGGUCUAUCACGCCGACGGUAGAAUGGACGUAAAGUCAGCCCUACGUCAUCCAUGGCUGAAUUAUGCAGACAAAACGUUCAACGAACCUUACAAGAUACCAUCAGAAAAUUUGAACAAUUAUUACAAACUUUAUCGGGAUUGGUACACCAAUGCUUCAUGUCGCACAUGGUACCGCAGGCGCAGGUUAAGUGGAGCCUUCGAGCAUCCUUCGAAGAUGGUUUAUCCACCAGGACAAAGAUACACCCCGGAACCAAGCCCAGAGAGAAGUUUCAGCCCCAGGGCUAAGCCUACUCCAAAGUCUUGGGAAAAUCGUGUACCCUCGAGAGAGCCAAUCGACACGGAAAUUGGUGUGAUCAAGAACGAGAGCCAUUAUCAAUAUGGACCUGAUACGUAUCUUCUGCAACUUCGCGAUACCGAUUUUCCUGUACGUCUACGUGAAUACAUGAAGGUUGCUUAUAAUCGUGGACCAGGAUAUUCACGUACAAUUACAGAUGACAACAGUUAUGAUUGGAGGACACCUAUUAUUCGCGAGCGUCGUCGAUUUACUGACGUUAUGGAUGAAGAAAUUGAUGACGAACGCAAAGCCAGGAUCAACAAGUACGGAUCAGCUGAUACUUACACGCUAAGACGUUUACGUCAUGAAUUGGGUACAAGAUUGGAUAGUUAUGCCGAAGCUGAAGCUAUCAUGGAGACCAAAAAAGAUGGACAUUUACCGUUCUUCCGUGAAAAACCACAAAUUUUGCCAAUUGAGGAAGACAAAUCAGCCCAGCUGGCCUGUCUUGCUGUAGGCAAUCCCAAACCAUCUAUUCAGUGGUUCAAGAACGAUCUGGUAAUACAAGAAGGUAACCGAAUCAAAGUUACUGAAGACGAUGAAGGUAGAUCUAUUCUGCGCUUCAAUCCUGCUAGACAACACGACGUGGGAAUAUACAAAGUCGUUGCCAGGAACAAAGUUGGACAAACUGUAGCUAGAACUAGAGUCUUACUAGCUACUGUACCCUCAGCUCCAGACUCACCUGAGGUCACUGAAGUCUCAGAUACUGAAGUACUAUUACGUUGGAAGCAGCCAAAGGAUGAUGGCAAUUCUCCAGUACUGUGCUACAAUCUGCAAUACAAGGAAGGCGAUUCAAUCGAAUGGGUAGACGUUGCCAGUAACAUAGAUCAUGAAUUUUACGUAGUCAGAGAUCUUAAACCAGACACCAGCUACAACUUCCGUCUAGCAGCCAGAAAUCGUAUAGGAUGGAGCGAGAAAGGAAUUCCAACGAAGCUGAUUAAAACGAAGGAUCAAGGUGCACAGAAGGUGCAAGUAACACGUGCAAUGAAGCACCUUCAACAGUUAACAGAAUCUGGACAAGAGAUUGAAAUCGAAGAAGCUAAAUCUCAUAUAAAUUAUUCGCUCGAAGAUACACCAAUUGAAUGGUCAACCGAGGGUCAACUAACCGACAAGUACAGCUUCAUCUCAGAACUAUCACGUGGUCAGUUCUCCGUCGUUGUCAAGGGUGUUGAGAAGUCCACGGACAGAGUGAUCGUAGCCAAGAUCCUAGAACUACGUCCAGAAAUCGAAGAGCAGGUGAAUAAUGAAUACGAGUCACUGAGGUCUCUAAGACACGAAAGAAUAGCCGUCCUGGAGGCAGCUUACAAGAUACCUGGAUCAUCGGUAGCAGUAUUCAUUCAAGAGAAGCUCCAGGGUGCCAACGUCCUAACCUAUCUCUCAAGUAGACACGAGUAUACAGAAAACUGCGUGGCUACUAUCGUUACACAGAUUUUAGAUGCACUGCAGUACCUGCACUGGCGGGGCUUCUGCCACUUGGACAUCCAACCAGACAACGUCGUCAUGGCCUCCGUAAGAUCUGUGCAAGUUAAAUUGGUAGACUUGGGCUCAGCGCGCAAGGUAACCAAACUGGGUACCACUGUACCACAAUUGGGACACCCUGAGUAUAGGGCUCCUGAAGUGUUGAACGAUGAACCAGCAUAUCCACAAACGGACAUUUGGAUGGUUGGGGUGUUGGCCUAUGUGUUACUCUCGGGAAUGUCACCCUUCCGUGGAAAAGAUGCUGAGGAGACCAGACAAAAUAUUUCAUUUGUUAGAUACAGAUUCGAAUAUCUUUACAAGGAAUUAAGUCAGGAGGCUACAAGAUUCCUUAUGCAUGUAUUCAAGCGUACGCCUAGCAAAAGGCCUAGUGCUGAAGAAUGCCAUGAGAAUAGGUGGCUAUUACCGACGGAGUUUAUGAUAAAGAAACGUGAGAGAGCAAUAUUCCUUGGCAAUAGACUCAAGGAAUACAACGAAGAAUAUCAUCAGAAGAAACAAAAAUUGGCUUCGAACAGUGACAGUUUAGCAGAGGCUUUUGGCUCUGCGCGACAGCUAAUCAGAUCAAAUAGCAUACAAGAUGAACUGUUCACCACCUUCUAACUUCUAAGAUAAACUAUGAUUUUCCAAAUACGUAUUUAUUUAUUUAAUUGUUUAUAAUUCACAGACAAGUCUAGUCAAUCCCAAAGAGCUAAGGGACACAGAUAAGAAAGUUGAGCUGAAAGUUGAGAUUUUCCUUGUUUUUUCUUUUUGUUAUUAUUUAUUUGUUAUAACUUGUAAUUACGGUCACCGUUAUAAUUGCCAUGUAAACCCUAUUCUAUACGUAGAUUCCGUACACGCAGACAUUUUGAUUUUUGGUCCGGGAUACGUUUAUGUGGUUAUACCGCCCCAUUAAUUUUAAGAUAAAGAUGAAAUAUUAUUUACGUUCUGAACAAUCGAAUUGCGAACGAAAUUCUAAUAAAUUGUACAAAACUAGCAAUCACGUACGAACUAUAUUAUAAAUUACUGACAAAAUAAAAAUCCUGUCAUAAAAGA